CUAUUCUGGUCGAAGUUCCGUGGAGUGAACUUCGCACCUGACACCUUCAGUAGAUUCCGAUGGACAGUGUACUUUAGAUGUGAGUAAAAUGUCUCUAAAACGCGUCAAAUCCAAGCGCAAAUCAAAUCAUAAAAAGAAGAACAAAUCUAAAAUAGUUUCUUCGAACUACGAUCAACCAGCUAAGGAAGAACUCAAGGUUCAAGACGAGCCGCCUGUGCUGAACUCAUCGACGAGCGUGAACAAGAAAAAGAAGUCCGCCAAACAAGCGCGCAUCGCUUUUCUACCAGAGAAAUACCAACCGCUGGUCGAGGAUGAGAUUGUUGACCAUCCACGAGAUGACAAUAUCAAGAAAAAACAAGACAAAUAUAAAAAGUUAAGAAAAAAUAUGGGGAAGGCUCUUCGUUACAGCUGGAAGUGUCUGGUGGUUGGAUUGCAGAAUCUGAGCACAGCCUAUUCUAUGCCGUUGGGUGCCGGUGCCACAAUAGUGCCAGACAUCCACAGAGCCAGAGCUCACGUCUAACACGUGACCCGAGACCAGCCGGUUACAUCAUGAGUAGAACAGUAUAAUCACUGUUGGAUCUCCAUUUUUACUACAGCCACUUAUCUGUGAUAUGAACCUCUGAUUUGGAAGUGCAAUAAAUGUAUUUUUACCACAUUUUUACCACUGUUGGCAAGAGAGAAUUGCAUGGAGGAGACAAAAAUAUUAAGUAGCAGAUGCUGUGAUGGACUGUGAUUAACACUUCUAUUCUAUUCUAUUCUCUUUUGUAAUUAACACACAUUCUUCUGGUAAUGCACAACUCAUUUAAAGGGAUAGUUCACCUAAAUUAUUAUUUUGUGAUUAUUUACUCAUCCUCAUGUUGUUCAAAACCUUUAUGAGUUUGUUUCUUAUGUUGAACAUAAAAUAAGAUAUUUUGAAGAAUGCUGGUAAUCAAAGAGUUGAUGGUACCCAUUGACUUCCAUAGUAUUUCUUUAAAGUCAGUGGAGACCAAGAACUGUUUGGUUCUUCAAAAUUCUUUCUUUUGUGUUCAAAACUCAUACAGGUUUGGAACAACAUGAAGAUGAGUAAAUGAUCAAAACAUUAUAAUUAUAAUUUA